GGGAUAUUUCUUGUGAAAUUUUAUGUCAUCCAAGAUGCUCAGCGGGACUCCUUCACCAAAACCUAAUAGUUACAGAAACUCCGUCGCGCCUCCAUCGAUUCUCAGAGCUUUCUCAAUAUGCUUUCUUCCAAGGAACAGCUGCUUGCACGCUUGAAGGAGCUUCAAAUCGAUUUUUCUCAGUAUGAUCAUCCUGUAGUGUUGACCGUUGAGGCUCAGGCAAAGUAUGUUGGACACUUGAAGGGGGCGCUAAGCAAAAAUUUAUUUUUAAAGGAUAAGAAGCAUAGAUACUAUAUUGUUUCUGCUUUAUCUGAUACGAAAGUAGAUCUAAAAGUUCUGUCGCAAAGACUUGGUUUGGGAAAAGGGGGGUUAAGAAUGGCUCCUGAGGAAGCACUUGGUGAAAUCCUUAAGGUACCAGUAGGUUGUGUUACUCCUUUUGCAGUUGUGCAUGAAUCAGCACGGUGUGUUUCGUUGUUGCUAGAUCAAAGAUUAAAGAGCCAGGAGUGCUGCUUUUUCCACCCACUUUCGAAUGACAUGUCGAUAUCUCUAAAUGUCUCAGGUCUGGACAAGUUCCUUGAGUCAAUUGGCAGAGAUCCAGCAUAUGUUGAUUUGGAGGCUAACCCUCCGGUAGGAAAGGAUCAACCUCCUGAUCUUGCUGCCUUAGUUCCAUCCGAUGCUCUUCUACAAGAUUUUGAAGCCAAGGUAGUUGCGGAUAAAAGUGAUGUUGCUGUGAAUAACAAGCCGACGGUUGUAACAGAAGCAGCAAAACCUGUUAAGCCGUCCAAACUAUCUGUGAAGGAGAAACCAGUCAAUGCAGUUAAUUUUUUAUCAUUUGCCGAUCCUGAGAAAUUUGUUAAUGAAAUUCUAGAGAAAGCAUCAGCUCUAAUUAUUUCUGAGACAAAGGACGAGAAGAUUAAGCAACAUGGAGAACAAAUUGGCACUGUGGUUUCAAACUCUAUGAAACAUCAUCUCAGACUGGAGUUGCAGAGUUUAGCUACAACAUUCAAGAAUUCAGCAUAUACAGAUGGGUUUGUUGCUGGUAAGAACUACCAACCAAAACGAUUGUGAGCUUAAUAUUCUCCAACUAAUGACCAGAUGCUGAAAAGAUUUGCAUUGGAGAAAAACGGAGAAUGAAGAAAAUAGGUAUUGGACAGUUAUUUCAUCUUCAGAUAUUCAGCAAUAUACAAUACAAUGAGAAUGACGUGUAAAUCUUUUUGAAAUAUAUUCAGGAGGAUCUGAGUGCUGUUAAUCAGUAAUCAGAUUUAUUUGCAUGUUGAGUAUCAACAUUAUAUUUCUUUCCUCAAAACAGUAAACUAUGUUGAUAUGGAAUUUACUUCAGUGUUGGCGAA